ACGAGUAGAAGCUCGUUACUGUUGCAGCAGUCGUCGCCAACGUCGUAGCCGUAAAGUCACAGUCAUUUGUUUGUCACUCGCCAGCAGACAGCAGCUAACAACUUGAAAGCACUUUACACAAACUCAACUGAAGGCUACGUAUUUUAACAGCGGAAAUUUAACGCCAGUCAUAUUCUAACUAACUAACUAACCAACUAACCAACAAAAUGGCGCUAUUUUCUAACGUGACGGCCAUGGCCCAACAGCAACCAUACAACCCAUGGUCUCUUCCGGACAGCUUCACCAUCUACAACUUUGCUCCGGAAGAGAUCCGCAGUUUCCUGCAUCCUCACUGGCACAACCAGAAAGCACCUCACCCCAUGCUGUACUACUUUUUCGGACUCUUGUACUUGGUUAUCGGUACGGUUGCCAUCGGUGGUAAUUGGAUGGUGUUGAGAAUCUUGGGAAGCUUCCCGUCGCUCAGAACGCCGGCAAAUAUGCUCGUGAUGAACUUGGCCGUCUCAGACUUUUUGCUGAUGGUGUCACUCAUCCCGGAGUGUGUCUACAACUUCUUCACGGGAGGCCCUUGGCAAUUCGGCGAUCUCGGCUGCCAGAUUCACGCUUUCUGCGGUGCCUUGUGUGGUUACAGUCAGAUUACGACUUUGGUGUUCAUCUCAUACGAUCGAUACAACGUCAUCGUUAAAGGAUUCAAUGGAGCUCCAUUGACUUUCUCCAAGGCGAUCAUGUUCAUCACUUUCGGUUGGAUCUGGUCAUUUGGUUGGUCCGUUUGCCCGCUCGUUGGCUGGGGGUAUUACGCCAUGGACGGAAUGUUGGGAACGUGUUCUUUCGACGGACUAACCACCGACAUGAGCAACAAGACUCAUAUUCUCGCCACUACCAUCUGCCUUUUCGUCUUACCGAUCAUCGUCAUCGUUGGCUGUUACUACUUCAUUGUCAAGGCGGUGUUCCACCACGAAGACGAACUACGUCAACAAGCCAAGAAGAUGAACGUCACUUCGCUGAGGAGCAACAGCGACCAGCAGGCCGUCUCGGCCGAAAUCCGCAUCGCUAAAGUGGCCAUUAUCAACGUCACGCUGUGGAUCAUGGCCUGGAGUCCUUUCGCUGUUGUUUGCAUGCUGGGCACUUGGGGAGACGCGUCCAGAAUCACUCCUCUAGUCUGCGAACUUCCCGUCAUUCUGGCCAAAACCUCGUGCGCCUACAAUCCCAUCAUCUACGCUCUUUCACAUCCUAAGUAUCGAGAGUGCUUGAAGGAGCUUUACCCGUGGCUAUGCAUCGUCACUGAUGCGAAGAAACCCAGCAAACGUGGCGGUGACGAUCAAUCGACCGGUUCGACCAAAACAGAAGCUUCCGCAACGACGCAAGCUUGAAAGCAUAACACCGAUCAUGACGUACUCGCCAAUAUCGAUCAAAUUUCAUUCGAAAACCGACCCACGCUAUUUGUAUACUACAACAAUCGACACGGAAAACUGGACAGAAAUGAUUUCUCGAUGAAAACGGCAGCCAAUACCUGCUAGAUGGGGUCGUUUCUCAUCUAUAGCCUACACAUAUCUUCGUUAAACAAUAAGCCUGUAACCGCCUCCGUUUCGUUUUUCGCAUCCAUUUAGUUUUACGAGUACAGUCCUAGUUCGCACUGGUCACGUGAAAACGCCCUACAUUCAAAUAUUAAGUUUCGCUUUCAACUUUUACGAGUAGUAGUGGAUAUUGUUAUUCGAUUUUUUCGUAACAGGUAUAAAAAAGGCCAUUGUUUAUGAUAGGCAAAGUUGCAUGUAACCAUAGCGAUCAAGAGUUCUGCCCUGUUGGCAAAUGUUUACAGUCAAGGAAUUCACGUUGUGCACUGCCAAGCUUAUCUUGAAGCCGUCAAAAGUUGAAAAGCGGAAUUUGUUGGACGGCUGGGGUCUGGACGCCUAUUGCGGAGCAGUAUUUACGUAAGAAGGGAUUCUGAACUUUUGGAAUGCUGGACUUACCAUUUGUGUUUAUCCGUUUGUGUGACCGGUGUGGAACAGGUUCAAAGUAAAUACAGGAACCUGCAACACAUGAUAUUAUUUAAUUUCUGUUGAUAUGAUGGUGGUCUAAUUGACAUCUAACUAUAUGUAAACCAUAUUGUAUGUACCUCGCAGUUCAUAGAGAACAAAAAUAUACGACCCAGCAUACAUUCAA